AAAGUACCGUUUUUAAAACUGUGCUGUGGAUAAACGAAAUCGUUCAGCAGCGCAUCUAUUCCACAUUAAAGAGCUGUCAUCAAUUUGUUAUAAGGCUGUCAUGAAGUUUUGACACGUUGGUUAAAUUAAAAGCUGGAUAAUAAAAAUGGGACAAAAAUUCCAAUAUGAUGAAAGUGGCGGAACAUUUUUUUAUUUUUUACUUUCAUUUUUAGCAUUAAUAUUAAUUCCAGCUACAAUAUAUUAUUGGCCGAAAAAGAAGAAGAGAGAUCCUGAGGAAGAAAGCAAAAAAUGUCAGUGCACAGGGUGUAUCAUCAAAAGAGAACAUUUAAAGAACUCAGAGCCCUGGAAAGGGCCCAAGACUUUUUUAAUAAAACUUUUAAUAGUUGGAGGAUGGGUAGUUUUAAUUUUAUUAGCAUAUAAAGUAUCUCAAUUUGACUAUGAAAUGUCUAAUUUUGAUCCAUAUGAGAUUUUGGGAAUAGGAAUGGGUGCUAGUUCAUCUGAUAUUAAAAAGGCUUAUAGAAGGCUCUCGCUAAUUCUGCAUCCUGAUAAGGAUACUGGAAAUGAGAAGGAGUUUAUGAAGUUAUCAAUGGCUUAUAGGGCAUUAACAGAUGAAGAAGCCAGAAAGAAUUGGGAAAAGUAUGGGAAUCCAGAUGGACCAGGGGCUACAAGUUUUGGUAUUGCUUUGCCCUCAUGGAUUGUUGAAAAGGAAAACAGUGUUUGGGUAUUGGGAUUAUAUGCUUUAGUGUUUAUGGUAGCCUUGCCCAUUGUGGUGGGGACCUGGUGGUAUCGCAGUAUAAAGUUUACUGGUGACCAAGUAUUACUGGAGACCACACAAAUGUAUUAUUAUUUCUUUCACAAGACAUCUAAUGUUCCAUUAAAACGUGUUGUAAUGAUUUUGGCAGCCAGUUUAGAAUUUGAUAAGAAAAAUAAUUCAGAAAUAGUUGAAAGACAAUCAGAUAAUGAGGAGGUUCCACAGUUAAUUAAAAAAUUAGAUAAACUAAAUGAAAAAAAUAAAGAAAGACCAUUGUGUUAUAUGUACAGUAUAAAAGCUAGAGCUCUUAUUCAUGCUCAUUUAUCUCGUAUUCCAUUAAAUCCAAACACAUUGGAAAUAGACAGACGUUAUGUGAUUGGAAAAUGUCCCUAUUUAAUUCAAGAGCAAGUCAAUUGUGUUAAUCAACUUAUUAUGCUGGCGUAUGCAAGGAGGAUUCAAAGACUACCCUCUAUUGAGACAAUAGAAAACUGCAUGAAAUUGUGCCCAAUGAUUGUGCAGGGGCUAUUGGAAUUCAAGUCUCCACUUUUACAACUGCCACACAUAAACGAAGACAACCUCAAACAUUUUAUAUCUAGAAAGCGACAAGUCAAAACUUUAUUGCAAUAUGCCCAAAUGAGUGGCGAUGAUAGGAAAAGUCUAUUGAGAUCAUUAAGUGAUGAACAGUAUGAAGAUGUGAUGAAAGUUUUAGGAAAAAUGCCCUAUGUUGAUUUUAAUGUAAAAUGUGAAGUCAUGGAUGAUGAAAAUCCCAGUGAAGUUACUGCUGAUGCUAUUGUUACUGUAACAGUUGAACUGAAAAGAAGAAACAUGUCCGAGUUGUUUGGAGAUGCCACUCCAACUUUUGUGGAAAAUAACGAAGAAGAAGUAAAAGAUAAAGAAAUUAAUGAUGCCGAUGCAGCAGCCAAGCGACCUGUUUGGAUGAAGCAGAAGAAAGGUGGUGGUAAAAAAAAGAAGCAGCUACUGAUCAAACCCAAAAUGGUCAAAUCAAAAUCGGAAGAAUCCUCUGUACCAUCUUCUCCAGCUGAGAAGAAAGAACCAAGACCAAAGGAAAAAAAGGAAUGCAAAGAAGAUGACGAGAGCGACACUGAAUCGGAAAAGAGCGACGUCGAAACUAACGGAGGCGGCGAUGCUAAUGAAAAAUUUGCGGAUUCGUCUGACGACGACAGCGUGCAAAAAUCAAAUAACGAAGAUGAGGACCAAGAAUGGGAGAAAUUAAGAAGGAUGCAUGCAAGAGAAAAGGCAUUGGAAGGAAGAUCUAAAACUUCGCACCCGGUUCAUUGCCCUCUAUUUCCACAUGACAAGCAGGAGUACUGGUGGACUUACAUCUGCGAUAGAAAGUCCAAGAGUCUUCUUACAGCUCCCUACCAUGUCACCAAUUUAAUAGAUCAAGAAACUAUUGAACUUAAAUUUACAGCACCUCAUUGGGCAGGGUUAUACACAUUCACUGUAUGCUUAAGAUCUGAUUCAUAUAUUGGAUUUGAUCAACAAAAAGAUAUAAAGUUGGAUGUAAAGGAAGCCCCAGCUGAAAUUACUGAGCAUCCUCAAUGGGAAUUUGAAGAUUCAGAGGAAGAAGAUAAAAAGGAGGACGAUGCCCAGGAAUCUGAGUACACUACUGAUGAAGAUCUACCUGAAGAUGAGGACUGAACUGUAUUAAAUAGGAAAUGAGAUUUUUCUUUAUAAUUUUGUGCAUUCUCCAAAACAAAUACAUGUUGUGUGCCAAAAAAAGUCGAUAUAUUUUUUUUCACCCUCAGCCCAAAAUAUCAUAGGAUAUGCCCAAACAGAAAUCCUGUUAGAAGGGGAGCUCGGAAUUUU